AGCGGAAGUGUCACGCGCGAGCUGCCAGAGGGACGAGGACAACAGCAGGCGGAGGUCGCACUUGCUGCUGCUGCUGCCGCCGAUUGUCUUCGUCAUCGCCUCUGUUUACAACUUACAAUAUACACACAAAUAAAUACACACAUAAGCUAGCAAUCACAAGAAUUGUAUUUACAGCAUUGACGCACGGUAAUAUAUGAUGGCGGCGGGGGCGGCGGGGGCCGUGGUGCUGCCACCUCCGCCGGCUGGCUCGGGCUUAGUCGUCGUGUGGGAGUGGCUGAGCGAGCAGCAGCGCUGGAGGCCGUACAGCUCCCGCGUGUGCAGGCACAUCGAGACGGCUAUCGGGACCCGCGGGGCAGGAGGUGGUGGAGGAGGAAGCACCCGUGGGGGUGGCAGCGUGGUGCUCGGUCAGGCUGAGCCUCUCCUCGCCGCCUACAUCAUCGAUCUGCAGUCCAUGUGCCAGUUCCGCCAGGACACAGGCACCAUGCGCCCGAUCCGCAAGCGCUACUUCCCGGUGGACUCGGCGCCAGGCCGCGGCAUCGUGUGGAAGUGGGAGCAGGACGGCGGCGCGUGGACGUGCUACGAGGCGGACCUGUGCGCCGCGCUGCAGGACGCCUACGAGCGCCGGCGGCCGGGCCUCGACCUGACUGCGCUCUCGGGCCUCCCCUACUACGUCGACUUCUCCAACAUGUGCCAGAUCAACCCGCGCACGAACUUCCGCCGUCGCAUUCUCGUCACGUACGAGGCGCCGUACCCGCCCGCUUCAAGCCCGCCGCCGCCUCUUCCAAUGCAUCCGCACCCCCACUACCACCACCAGCCGCAGCACCACCAGCCGCAGCACCACCAGCACCAGCAGCAACAUCACCAGCAGCAGCAGCAUCAGCAGGCAGGCGGUGCUGCGUUGGGACACAUGCAGUUCGUGGCGCAGUCGCUGCAGCCCGGACCGGGUGCGGGUCAGGGAAAUGGUUCGUCGCACAGCAGCGGACCGCUGAUGACGGCCUCCUCCUCUACCUCGCCGGUGCCGACGCAGGCGGCGGCGGCGGCGUCGUCGUCGUCAUUGUCGUCGUCGCCGGGCAGUCCCGUGCCGCACGCGCAGUCGACCCAGGCGUGGCCACUGUCGUGCGGCUGCCAGCAGUGCCAGGGCCGCCCUCCGACGCAGAAGCGCAAGGCGAGCCAGUCCGGCAUGCCGGUGCCGGCGGCGGCCGCGCGCCCGGGGCCCCCGCCACUGUCGCCGACGUCGUCCGCCGCCGGUGUCGGGGUACCGAUGCCUCCGGGCCUGGGGCCGGUCGUAGCCAUCAGCAGGAUGGGGCCAGCGGCCAGGGGUGGCCCAAUGAGGCUCGCUGCUGCGCUGCCACCACCAGGGAUGCCUUCACUUCCAGGAAAUGCAAUGAACCUUCCAAUAUCUCUGCAGUCUGCAUUUGCAGCCGGCGGGGGGCUGCUCCCCAUGACUCGCGCCCUCCCUAAGCAUCUCUUCCAUCCUCCAGCCGUGAGCAAGGACGAGCUGCGACCCGUGCCCGGCGUCUCCGGCACCUGCCGCAAGAUCAAGAAGUCCAAGGGCAAGAAAGGAAAGAAAUCACCUGAAGAUGUGGUGAAGAAAUACCUGCAAAUGAUGAAAAACCCACCGGACGAGGACUGCACCAUCUGCAUGGAGCGCCUCGCCGUGCCAUCAGGCUACGAGGGCAUGACGGGCUGUACGGGCGUGCGGGCCGACGGACUGGGCCAGCUGGGCCGCUGUGGCCACGCGUUCCACCUCCUCUGCCUCGUCGCCAUGUACAGCAACGGCAAUAAGGAUGGGAGUCUGCAGUGCCCGACGUGCAAGACGAUCUACGGGGAGAAGACGGGAACUCAGCCGCCCGGCAAGAUGGAGUUCCACGUUAUUCCGUUCUCACUGCCCGGCCAGCCCGACUGCCACGCCAUCCGCAUCAUUUACGACAUCCCGUCCAGCACCCAGGGGCCAGAGCAUCCAAACCCGGGCAAGAAAUUCACGGCCCGCGGCUUCCCCCGCCACUGCUACCUGCCGGACAGCGAGGAGGGACGCAAGGUGCUGAAGCUGCUGAUUGUGGCGUGGGAGCGGCGGCUCAUCUUCACGGUGGGCACGUCGAGCACCACUGGCGAGUCGGACACCGUCGUGUGGAACGAGAUCCAUCACAAGACGGAGUUCGGCUCCAACGUGACGGGCCACGGAUUCCCCGACCCCAACUACCUGCAGAACGUGCAGGCUGAGCUGGCCGCACAGGGCGUCACCGAGGCCUUGCUACUCGACUAGCGUGCGUCGGGCCCCACCCUCCCGCCCCUCUCCCCGCCCCCCCGCCCCCCUCCCCGCCCCCCUCCCGCCCCCCUCCCGCCCUCCUGCCACGUUCGCUUCGAACUCGGGCCAGUGGCAGCGGCCAAUUGACCGAGAGUCGACAGUCGAUGGUCGAGACCACAGGCGGUGUGAAGCUUUGCCCGCGUCCUUGGCCGCCCCUCCUCCCCGGGGUUUGAUCUCGCGUCUUUACUCUCUUCCGAGUCAUCGCUCGCCUUUUGCCGUGACCUCUCGAGGACCUGGCACUUAUUAAUCGAUCAGUCAUUAAGACCGUCCUUACCUUACAGCCUUGUACAUGCGCUUCGCUGUUAAAAUCGUACCUCCCCGCUGUGAACCCCACGCUCGACAACUACGUUUGUGUGCAAGCGAAAUCCGGAAGCCCGGUGACUUUGCUUUUUGUUCGUGCUCUAAGGCUGCGAUGGCGCAGACAGCGGUGGCUGCUGCUGCUUUGCACUGAAGCUUUUGGGGUGGUGUUGGGGGGGGGGGGGUGCGUGCAUUGCAUGAUCACAUCAGCAGAGGAGAUUUUGAGCCGCGUUUGACGGCAUGAGCGCUUGAGUUUUGGAGGGAGAUGGCGAAGGUGGGGGGGAGGCCCUGUUGUGUUUCAGGGCAGCGGCAAGCACUGUAUGAAAUGGCCCGUGGUGGACAGGAGGUGGCGUGCGUUUGCGCGUGUUGCAGAGAAGGCUUCUACGCAAGCGCGAUGGCACUGGGAACGAGGUGGUGCGGGUCUGUCGAGCUGUCACACGCCACGCCAUCGCACUGCAAGAUGGUGGCGCGGAUUUAACGAUGUGGUGUAAUCACGUCUGCUGUGUUUACAUCUUCCGAUGCCUCGCAAUCCCCGCGCACGGCCGCAGGAGCAAAAGUAAACCUGGGUCUCGUUGCGAUGAGGUCUUAUGUCAGAAGUACGUCUCGUACCUCUGAGUUACUAGCAAUGUUUUCUUUGUUGAGAAAUGAAUA